GCGGGUUCUUUCCCAGAGGUCGUUGCUGUUCCUGCUGCGUCGGCGCCAUAGUGCUCGAGCCUUUUUUUUUUCCUUUCUCUCUCCCGAAUCUUCGGCGGCCGAAGCGCGUGGAGGAAGCGCUCCGAGGCGCGCGCAGCAGCACCGGCAGCAGCAUGGAGGACAGCGAUAUGGACAACAUGGGCUCCCUGCGCCCGCAGACCUUCCUUUUCGGCUGUGAACUGAAGGGAGAUAAGCCAUAUCACUUUAAGGUGAAUGAUGAAGAAAACGAACAUCAACUUUCUCUAAGAACGGUUAGUUUAGGAACUGGCGCUAAAGAUGAAUUACAUGUUGUUGAAGCAGAAGCAUUGGACUAUGAAGGCAACCAGAUAAAAGUCACACUGGCAUCCUUGAAGAUGUCAGUUCAGCCUACGGUUUCAUUAGGUGGCUUUGAAAUUACACCUCCUGUAACUCUGAGAUUGAAAAGUGGCUCAGGACCUGUUUAUGUCAGUGGACAACAUCUUGUAGCUUUAGAGGAAGAACCAGAAUCUGAAGAUGAAGAGGAUAAAGUACAACAAAAUAUGGCAAAAAGACCUGCAGGUGUGACAUUGGCUAAAGUUCCCCAGAAAAAAGCAAGGAUGACAGACAAGGGGGAUGAUGAUGAAGAUGAUGAUGACGACGAGGACGAUGAAGAAGAUGAUGAUGAGGAUGAGGACGAAGAUGAUGAUGAGGAAGAUAAGAUUCCACAGAAAAAGCCUGCCAGAGAUUCUUCUGUGAAGAAGACACCAAAAUCAAAACAGAAUGGAAAAGAUUCUAAGUUGGCAACACCAAAGUUGACAGUAUCCAAAUUGAAAACUCCAGAAUCCCAGAAAGAGAAGGCACCAGAGACUCCUAAAACACCACGGCCUGUAAAAUCACCAAAACAAUUCUCUAUAGAGGAGAUAAAAACAAAAAUGCAGACAACCAUGGAAAAGGGAAUUAAUCUUCCUAAGUUAGAAGCCAAGUUUGCAAAUUACAUUAAGAGUUGUUACAAGACAGAGGACCCGAAGGUGGUUCAAGAGCUCUGGCAAUGGAGGCAGUCUUUGUAAGCAAGAAGUUAAAUGGCUCCUUUUUAAAUUACAGUCCUGUGUGUUUAACCAUUAAUACCUGACUGAAGCUUUCUCUCCAGAGUCUGAUUAAUGUCGUCCAGAUUGUUUUGGCAAGAAUGUGUGGUCCACAAUACCUGUUCAGUUUUUAAUACUGGGACUCCACCCUUUUCAUUUAAAAUAUGUAUGGAAUGUUUUGAUAAUGCAUAGUAGUGGUGAUCUGGGAACGGAAAGACUAAAUGUAAAUGUGAAAAUAAAAGUUUAGUAUUUUAAA